AGGAAAUAGUUUUAAGCAUUAAUAGUAAUAUUAGUAUUGAAAAUGAGGAAAAUAUGAAUGAAAGGAACGAAACACAGGAAUGGGAAGAUUUCGACGCCGUGACAGAAGAAGAGUUAAGACAGAUAAUACAAGAAAUGGCCAUAAAAACUGGGACUGAGGAGGGAAUAUCGACACUAGUACUAAAGGAGAUCUACGAAGUAAUAAGUGAAGAGUUCUUAAAUGUAAUCAAUUCCUCACCGAAAGAAGGGAUAUGCCCUAAAGAAUGGAAGAUAUCGACUGUUACACCCAUACCAAAAGUGUAUAACACACUGAAAGCAAGCGAAUACAGACCGAUUAAUGUACUACCGACAUAUGAAAAAGUAUUAGAACUCAUAGUAAAGAAACAACUUGAGAAAUUUAUAGAAGCUAAUAAAAUACUUAUAGAACAUCAAUCAGGAUUUCGAAAGGGCCAUUCAUGUUAUUCGAGAUCGAACGUUCGGCUCGAUCUCUCCUUCUGGAAUCUUCGCGCGAGAGGAAGAUUCUAGAAAAUAGUUUAUAAGUAUUAUCACAAUAGGGGGUCUCCUUGGAUGGUUGUCGUAAUGUCACGAGCGGUAUAAGGAGAUCCCCUUGAGUGAAUAUUGUCGAGCGAGAACGAUCGCCUCUCUUAGCGAGUCAAUAUUCCCUUUGUCUCCGAGUUUUUCUAAACACAUGAAAUAGGAGGAUGAAAAUAAACCGUCGACUUUCGACGAGACCGGGCCGUCAGCUGAGCCCCGCGUGUUUCGAAGGAAAGCGGUAGAUACCAAAACAGCUGAUUGCCCGGUCGAGCGGUCGCCGACCUGAAAACUGUCUCGCUCAUUGGCCAACCCCCCCGCGGUUGGGCUUAAGAUUUCCGUUAUUUCGGGGAAUCGCGGAGUGUAUAUAAGCUCCCGAAUUUGCGCGGGCGGCGCACUCGAUCAGAAGUUUUCCGGAGACAGUGUGUAAUCUCGAAAGCCUGAAAGUUGAUUGCUCGUCAUCUUUACCAGGCGCGAACGAUUCGACGCUAGUUCGGUCGCGAUUGUGUGCCGAGGCAUUUAAACCUCUUCCGACGAAACGCGUGACGCGAAACACGUUGUGAAGAAGUGCACGUGACGCGGUUUUUCUGUAGCCGCUCGCGAACGCGCCGGUUUCUUGCUGCUCUAGCAUUCCGCCGCGUAAUCUCUGUAUAAAAAACAAAACCAUCAAAAAGAAAUCCGCCUAAAAAACAUUGAAUUUUCUAAAUAAU